AACUGGAAUACGGAGUCGCAUCCAUACAGAAAGCAAGAAUACGGCAAAUGGGAGCUGAUUAUUCCAGCUGACAAAAAUGGCCAAUGUCCGAUACAGCAUGGAUCGAUCAUAAAGAUUGCUGUGAAGAAGAAUGGCGUCUACAGGCACAAGCUUUCGCCAUGGGCUCGUUAUGUUACACGACCAAAAGAAACCACACUUUACCACAUGCCGGAUUCGAUGCGAAUUUAUGAAGCACACGUUGGUAUUUCCAGUUGGGAGGGUAAAGUAAAUAGCUACAGAAAUUUCGCCGAUGAUGUUAUUCCACGUAUAAAACAUCAAGGCUACAAUGCGAUCCAGCUAAUGGCAGUUAUGGAGCAUGUUUACUAUGCAAGUUUCGGCUAUCAAGUUACCAGUUUCUUCGCACCAGCUAGGCUUAUUAUUGUCGAAACUGAAUCGGAUUACAAAAAACGUUUCAUCGAAGACAGCAGGCACCGUUGUGGUACACCAGAAGAUGUGAAAUAUCUUGUGGACAAAGCGCAUGAAGCCGGCAUAUUUAUACUGCUUGAUGUAGUCCAUUCACACGCAUCGAAAAAUGUGGAUGACGGGCUGAAUGAAUGGGAUGGUACCCAGAAUAGCUAUUUCCAUGAUAACUCACGCGGAAAAAUUUUUAGAAUUGAAACAUUACGUUUCUUGCUAUCCAAUCUUCGUUGGUGGAUUGAUGAAUAUGGCUUUGAUGGUUUUCGUUUUGAUGGAGUAACAUCGAUGUUAUAUCAUUCGCACGGAAUUGAUGGUUAUGGUUUUGGUGCAUCCCUUGUUGCUCCAGUUGAAGGCACUUCGCCGCCGGCAAUUAUAAGGCAGAUGAUUGAAUCCGAUGCACUGGAUGGUGGUUAUGACAUGUAUUUUGGCCUGAAUGCGGAUACCGAUUCGAUUGUCUAUCUGAUGCUCGCCAACUCAUUCCUGCAUCGCAAAUUUCCCAAUAUUGUCACCAUUGCUGAGGAAGUAAGUGGUAUGCCAGCGUUAUGUCGACCAGUGGAAGAGGGUGGUCAAGGAUUUGAUUAUCGCCUGGCCAUGGCUCUGCCGGAUAUGUGGAUUAAGUUUCUGAAGCAUUCUUCCGACGAAGAUUGGGAUAUGAACAAUCUGGUAUUCACUCUUGAAAACAGAAGAUACGGUGAAAAGAAUGUAGCGUAUGCAGAAUCGCACGAUCAGGCACUGGUUGGUGAUAAAACUCUCGCUUUUUGGCUUAUGGACAAAGGUUUUUUUUGUUUUUUUUUUCAUGAAAAAUAUGGUGAAAAGAAUGUAGCGUAUGCAGAAUCGCACGAUCAGGCACUGGUUGGUGAUAAAACUCUCGCUUUUUGGCUUAUGGACAAAGAAAUGUACGAUUACAUGUCCGAAACAACACCUCUGACACCGAUAAUUGAGCGUGGCUUAACGUUGCACAAAAUGAUUCGCCUUAUAACAUAUGGCCUAGGUGGCGAAGCAUGGCUAAAUUUCAUUGGAAAUGAAUUUGGCCAUCCCGAAUGGUUGGAUUUUCCCCGCCAUGGCAACAACGAAUCGUUCCACUACUGUCGUAGACAGUGGAACUUAGUGGACGAUGAGCUGCUCAGAUACAAAUAUUUGAAUAAUUUUGAUCGCGCGAUGAACGAGCUGGAAGAGAAGCACCAUUUCUUCUUUAUACUUUUCGACUGGACCGGUUUUGCAGGAAAUGAAUUUGGCCAUCCCGAAUGGUUGGAUUUCCCCCGCCAUGGCAACAACGAAUCGUUCCACUACUGUCGUAGGCAGUGGAACUUAGUGGACGAUGAAUUGCUCAGAUACAAGUAUUUGAAUAAUUUCGAUCGCGCGAUGAACGAGCUGGAAGAAAAGCACCAUUUCUUGUCGCGAGGACCAGCCUACACUUCAUGGAAACAUCAAGAUGACAAAGUUAUUGCGUUUGAACGAGCCGGUCUUCUGUUUGUAUUCAAUUUUCAUGUGUCGAAAAGUUUCACGGACUACAAAAUUGGUAUUGAGGAGCCAGGAGAAUAUACAUUAGCCCUGUGCAGUGACGAUCCGGAAUUUGGUGGUUUUAGUCGGCUGGAAAAAAAGCAGCUCUAUCAUACUUUUCCGGAAGGCUAUGCUGGACGACGAAAUCAUCUCUUCGUUUAUAUUCCAUGCCGAGUGGCUAUUGUUUUGGAAAAAGUAGAAGUGUAG